CAUUCAUUACCGUAGCCUCGUGUCGUGGCUUCCCUCCCCAAUUCCUCGAAAAAAAUCUCUCCUUUUUUUAUUAGUUUCCUCCACCUUCCUCUUUUCCUGUAUCUAAAAAAAAGGUCAGGGCUUCAGGGAAAAAAGCUUGAAGUUUUACGCAAAUGGCAGGCUUUAGCGGCGAUGAAACUGCUCCCUUCUUCGGAUUCCUCGGCGCCGCCGCAGCGCUCGUAUUCUCCUGCAUGGGGGCGGCUUAUGGGACGGCGAAGAGCGGUGUCGGCGUGGCCUCGAUGGGUGUGAUGCGGCCGGAGCUUGUCAUGAAGUCGAUCGUCCCUGUUGUUAUGGCCGGAGUUCUCGGGAUCUACGGUUUGAUCAUUGCGGUUAUUAUUAGCACGGGAAUAAAUCCCAAGGCAAAGUCGUAUUACCUCUUCGACGGAUAUGCUCAUCUCUCUUCCGGCCUUUCAUGCGGCCUGGCCGGAUUAUCCGCCGGAAUGGCCAUUGGGAUCGUCGGCGAUGCUGGUGUGCGGGCCAAUGCCCAGCAACCAAAGCUCUUUGUGGGAAUGAUUCUUAUUCUUAUUUUCGCUGAAGCUCUUGCUCUUUAUGGUCUCAUUGUUGGCAUCAUUCUCUCUUCUAGAGCUGGUCAAUCUCGCGCAGACUAGGAAACUUUUUAUCUUUGGCUCAUCUUUCUUCAUGGUCUUUAUUUUCGCUGAAAGUCUUUAAUUUAGUUCUGGCUUCUCUUAUGAUUGUAGCGAGAUAUUAAUUGUCAUCAUCAAUCCUUUCGGUGAAAGUUGUCAAAUGUUGUACUUAUCUUUGCUACUAUAUUUCAGGACCGGCUUCAGAUUGAUCG